AUGGCACCACAUACAAAGUCAAAAGGUCAUCGCCGGAAGAAAUCUUCAGGCCGUCGGCACGGCCGAGCCAAGAAGCCUUCUUCAGACCUCAAACCCCUUGCAAAAGUUCCAGGCUCUCACGGCUCUCCACCCAUCUCCAGAUCCAAGCCCCUCACGUCAACGGCCUCGAAAUCUGGUGUUCUGCCUGAUACAGAUGACCCACUUGAAGAAAACAUUUUCGAGCGUGAGCCGAUGCCAGACGACUAUGUGUUUGUUGCUAGGGGGGAUGUGUACAUUACCAGACACUGUCGAGCCGAUACAAAGGCGUCUAAUCGGAUAGUUUACCUCGUCUACGACAAAGCUGCUAAGCGAACCCUGGGAAUCCGAGUUCCAGAAGAGAUCCAUCAAAAAGUAUCCGAACUGGCAACCUUGACUGCAGAAAAACGUGCCAGUGCUGUUAAAGCCCGUGAUGGGACAUUCGUCGCACGCGGCCGAGAACUACUCCGUAGCGAGUUCCCAAAUAUGCCUAGCGAGACGCUGGAAGUGAUCCUGAACCACGCAUUUCUCAAGGGAUCUGGGCGGGUAGGCCGCACCUCGAUGAAAACAGACAAAAGAAAGGCUUCGCUCGCUGUGGAAGCUCAUAUCCGGCAUGAACAUACACCCUAUGAUUCGCUACUUGAUUCUGGAGUGGAGCGGUGUGAGGCGCGUGAUAAGGUGUGGCCUACUGUUAAAGCCAUCAAGAAGACUUGGGAGGGAAGCGAGGAGGCGAAGAAGACUGAAAACUUGGUUUUGCGCUCGCAAUUAAUAAAUGACAUUAUCGUGUUGGACUAA